CUCCUCUACUCUCUGACUCUACAGAUGGCCCUGUUGAGGACGUGUCAUAUAAGUGGGUUACACCAUGUGAUCUUCUGUAACUGGCUUCUUUCGUGUAGCAUCAUGUUUCCAGGGUCUAUAAUUUGGGAGUUUUUACUCAUUCUUGAAGUAUUUUUUGAGAUUUAUUGCAGGUCAGGCACUGUAGCUGUACCUGGUGAAAUAGACAAUUUCUCUGCUGUUGGGGAGCUUUCAUUUUAAUAGUGAGAAACAAGCCACAAGUUGGUGAAUAUGAUAACUUUAUGUAGUUGUAAGUGUUACGGUGGAAUAUGGUGUGAAGGGCAAAUGAGGAGGUGACGUCGGAACUGAGACGCACAUGAUACAAAGAAGCCAGUGAUGCCAGCAUGGGAGGGAGAGAGUUCCAGAAAGAAAGAAGAGCAGGGGCAGAGGACUGGUCUGGUUUAUUUGAAUACCAGGUGCCUAUGAAAUGACCCAGGAGAGAUACCAAUGCCAAGUGACUCUUAGAGUCUGCAAUGCAGGAGAACAAUCUGGGCCACAGAUACAGACUUGGGAGUUGUCAGCAUGUCAGAAAUAUGCGAAUGAAGGUCAGGAAGGCCGAGAAGAGGGCCGGGGAAACCUUAGGCAUAGCAACGUUUAAGUUUGGCGCUGGGCAAGAAGUGGGAAGAUCAUGUAUUAUUCUGGAGUUCAAAGGAAGAAAGAUAAUGCUGGACUGUGGGAUCCACCCUGGCCUGGAAGGAAUGGAUGCUCUUCCUUAUAUCGAUUUAAUUGACCCAGCUGAGAUCGAUCUCCUGCUCAUUAGUCAUUUCCACUUGGAUCACUGUGGAGCUUUGCCCUGGUUUCUGCAGAAGACGAGUUUCAAAGGAAGAACUUUUAUGACACAUGCCACCAAGGCUAUUUACAGAUGGCUGCUUUCAGAUUAUGUCAAAGUGAGUAAUAUAUCCGCUGACGACAUGCUGUAUACCGAGACAGACUUGGAAGAGAGCAUGGACAAAAUUGAAACCAUCAACUUCCACGAAGUGAAGGAGGUGGCCGGAAUCAAGUUUUGGUGCUACCACGCCGGCCACGUGCUGGGAGCUGCCAUGUUCAUGAUUGAGAUCGCAGGCGUCAAGCUUUUGUAUACAGGUGAUUUCUCAAGACAAGAAGAUAGACACUUAAUGGCAGCUGAAAUUCCUAACAUUAAACCCGAUAUUCUUAUCAUCGAAUCUACUUACGGGACCCACAUCCAUGAGAAGCGAGAAGAGCGAGAAGCGAGAUUCUGCAACACCGUUCAUGAUAUUGUGAACAGAGGGGGCAGAGGCCUCAUCCCUGUCUUUGCUCUUGGAAGGGCCCAGGAGCUUCUCCUGAUUUUAGAUGAGUACUGGCAGAAUCACCCAGAACUCCACGACAUUCCAAUAUACUACGCCUCCUCUCUGGCCAAGAAGUGUAUGGCGGUGUACCAGACGUAUGUCAACGCCAUGAACGACAAAAUCCGCAAGCAGAUCAACAUCAACAACCCCUUUGUUUUCAAGCACAUUAGUAACCUUAAGAGCAUGGAUCAUUUCGAUGACAUUGGCCCCAGCGUCGUAAUGGCCUCCCCAGGCAUGAUGCAGAGCGGCUUAUCCAGAGAGCUCUUCGAAAGCUGGUGCACCGAUAAGAGGAAUGGCGUCAUUAUAGCCGGAUACUGUGUGGAGGGGACGCUCGCCAAGCAUAUCAUGUCUGAACCGGAAGAAAUCACUACCAUGUCUGGACAGAAGCUGCCGCUGAAGAUGUCUGUCGAUUACAUCUCUUUCUCUGCUCACACGGACUACCAGCAAACCAGUGAAUUCAUUCGUGCUUUGAAACCGCCUCACGUGAUUUUAGUCCACGGAGAACAGAACGAAAUGGCCAGGUUGAAAGCAGCCCUGAUUCGAGAAUAUGAAGACAAUGACGAGGUGCACAUAGAGGUUCACAAUCCCCGGAAUACGGAAGCAGUGACCUUGAACUUCCGGGGCGAAAAACUAGCUAAGGUCAUGGGCUUUUUAGCAGACAAAAAACCAGAACAAGGCCAGCGGGUCUCAGGAAUACUUGUUAAAAGAAAUUUUAAUUAUCACAUCCUUUCCCCUUGCGACCUCUCCAAUUAUACUGACUUGGCCAUGAGCACCGUGAAACAGACCCAAGCCAUCCCAUAUACCGGUCCUUUUAAUUUGCUCUCUUACCAGCUCCAGAAGUUGACAGGUGAUGUAGAAGAAUUAGAAAUUCAAGAAAAACCUGCUUUGAAAGUGUUCAAAAAUAUUACUGUAAUACAGGAACCAGGAAUGGUGGUAUUAGAGUGGUUGGCAAACCCUUCCAAUGAUAUGUAUGCAGAUACGGUAACAACCGUGAUAUUAGAAGUUCAGUCAAACCCGAAAAUAAGGAAAGGUGCAGUCCAGAAGGUUUCCAAAAAGUUAGAGAUGCACGUUUACAGCAAGAGGUUGGAGAUCAUGCUCCAGGACAUAUUUGGAGAGGACUGUGUUAGCGUAAAGGACGGAUCUGUUCUUAGUGUCACUGUGGAUGGAAAAACUGCCAACAUAAACUUGGAGACGCGGACCGUGGAAUGUGAAGAAGGGAGUGAAGACGACGAGUCCCUCCGAGAAAUGGUGGAGCUGGCUGCCCAGAGGCUGUAUGAGGCCCUCACGCCAGUGCCCUGACCCCUCACGCCUCUGUAGAUGUUCAAACGUCGUGUCAUGCUCGGCUCUACUGUUACUUCAAAUAAAAGACAGUCAUUUCCCUGGGGGCCUCUUUACUCUUGACGACAAAGGGCCUUUAGUCCAACCCUUAGAUACCACUACGGGACCAGCUCAUUUGUCCAUCAUUGAGGACUGCUCCUUCAACUGCCGGCUGCCGAGUCUGCUCCAGGGACGGAUGCAGGACCCAUGACACCGUGAAGACCCCCCCACACUGCGGGAGCAGAAGGGCUGGUCCUCUUUAGGGAAAGGACAUGCAUGAUGGCCGGAGCUUUCAUAUCCAUGAUCUGAAUUUGGAUUAAUAAUUAGCGCUUUUCAACGUCUUAAGCCCCUUUUCUGUUUCUUCCCUCCCGAUAGUCUUUCCAAAUUCCUUAGUUUAUAUGUUUGUAAAAUUAGAAUUUUCAAGAUUCAAUAAUGUUUUCUUUAUGUAAGAUCCACAUUCAGUUCAGAUAUUCAAAAGAUGCUUUUUAUGAUUCAGGUUCAAGGAUGCU